AUGUCGAGAUUCCUUCACAUUGUCCUCAUCCUCAUGACCGCUCUUGGCUUCUGCCUCACCGCCCAGCAGCCACACCACAUCAACGCCCGGCGCCUCGCGCACAGCCCCCGCGGCGCGGCGUCGGGCUUCAUCGAGGUCGAGCACCCGACGAGCGUGCAGGACGCGCCACCGGCGGGCGACGUGGUCAGCCACCGCGAGACCAACAGCGGCGGCGGCGGCGGCGGCGGUGAGGACAGCCAGCCGCGCCCGACGCGGUUCAAGACGCCGGCGGCGGAGACGGUGCUGCCGACCAACACAAAGGUGCCCGUGGCCAUGAGCACGGCGGCGGCGGCGGCAUCGGGCACGAGUCUCUCGGAUCCGGGCUUCAUUGCGCUGGUCGCGUCGCUGGGGCUGAUGACGCUGGGCAUGACCCUCACUUUUGGGGCCCCGGCACAGGCUUAUUGGUUCUCGCAAAAAGAGGCCAGAUACAAGCCGAGUUCCCCAGAACCAGCCACGCAAGACGGAAAAGGGGACUUGGUGUUCCGGGCGGAAAAACGGUGCCGCGGCCUCAUCUUCGGGUUGCGUGAGAGCGAGGGCGGAAGUUGGGCAAGCCAGGUUACCGAAUGUCUCUGA